AACGGUGCGGUGGUGGUAUAAAUACGGCCGUGUUUCUUUCGUCGCAAAACAAAUCAGAUUGCCGCGCGGAUCCAUUGGGUGUUGCGUUCGUGAUUUUCGGGGGCACCGCAAGUGUUGAAUAUUGUUUUUCAUCGAAAUGAAUCCCCCUCGAAGUGGAAGGCUGCAGCGUUAGGUGGUGAACAGCGUAUGCAAAAGCGAUGCAUAUAUUUAGUGCGCGGUCCUUGACCGCUACCUUUCCCACGUGGGUUGUCGGUGAUGCUGCGUGUGUGCUCUGCUGGUGGUUGGAUUGAUAAAGUUUCUCCUCUCUCUCUCUCGGGCGGAAACUUAUCGUCGUGUCGAAGAUUGCGGACAGUGACAAAAACGCAGUUGAGUGGAGCUCGGUUCGCUUGGCUGAGCUGUGAGCGGAGCGGUCGAGAUAGUGGAUAGUGGAGCAGUGAAAGCCGGCACCUUGCCUUGUCCCUCGGGCCCUACCCUGCGCCGUAGUUAUGUGGUACCGAUCGUGAGCACGAUCAGUGACCAGCGAUCCGUGGAGGAUGAGUACGGAGAGUGAGCGCGCGGCUCUGAUCUCGCAUUCGUGUUGUGUCGUCGUCGGCAGCGGUCGGUAGCUAGAGCCACAGAAUUGUGCCACUUUCUCGCCGUUGCUGGGAAAGUUUUGAAAGUUUUUAUUUUUUUAUCAACGAACACGGCGCAUUCCCCGCAUCCGGUGGAAUUUUGUGAUAAAGCCUAGCGAUCGGAGAAGCUUUCGGUGAAACGAUCUAAGCAAUCUGUGAAAAGCGAGGCAAAAAUGUCGCUCCGUCGUAUCUACGGGAUGCAGUCACGGCUGUGGGUGCAGCUACAAAAAAGUGCAGUGAAAGUGGUCCGAAGUGACCCGUCCCCGACGCCGGGACGAAGAACGGUCGCGACUACGGCAGCGUGCCACGAAAAGCUGGCACCGAAACCGUUGCCAAAGCACGACUGGAACCGUGCCGUGAGUGAGGCGGAAAAGAUCGUCGGUUAUCCGACGUCGUUCCUCAGCUUACGGUGGCUGCUGAGCGACGAGAUCGCGAACGUCGCCCUGCAUCUACGGAAGCUGGUCGGCAGCAACCAUCCGCUUCUUCGAACGGCCAAGAUGUUGAUCUACAAUGGCAAGAACAACAUGCAGACCUGGGGACUGAUUGUGCUGCUCGUGUCGAAGGCUGUCGGUCACGCACCGACCGUACCCGAUCUGGAGCAGGACAAAAGUGCGGGCGUGUUGCAGUCUCAGCGCGGGCUGGCAGAGAUCACGGAGAUGAUCCGGACGGCGCACCUCGUUCACCAGGGCCUAGUGAACCUCCAAUCGUUCGCGGACGCCGGCAACGAGCUCGCCAGCGAGAGUGACACGAUCUUUGGCAACAAAAUUGCCCUGCUGAGCGGGGACUAUCUGCUCGGUAAUGCGUGCUUGCAGUUGGCUGGCCUCCGGAAUCAGGCACUGAUCGAGCUCAUUUCGUCGGCCGUGCGAGAUUUGGCCGAAUCGAGUUUCUUGGGCGUGCGCGACCAGCAGAACAACCCUCUCCCAUCGAAACCCUUGCCAGAGGCGGAACGGGGUCCCAGCGCGGCGGGCGUUGAAGUGGAUCUCAGUUUCGGCGAUCUGGUGGACAAUAUUCAACCGCUCAGUCUGGCGGGCGUGAUGGGCGAUCCGGAGAAGGAGUGGUCCUUGAGACACAUUCUCGGAGCCGGCACCCUGCUCGGAAAGAGCUGUCAGGGUGCGAUGAUGUUGGCGGGUCAGCCGGAGUCAAUGCAACGGAGGGGUUACAUGUUUGGCAAGCAUCUCUCCCUGGCCUGGCAGGCCUGCUUAGAUCUGGAACCGUUCAGUAGCGAUCAGUUGCCGGCAGGCGGACGUUUCAGUUUGGUGUCGGCACCGGUCCUCUUCCACCUCGCGCACGAUCCUGCGCUGUAUGCUGAGAUCGAAAAGGGGCUCGAAUCGAUUGACAACGUCGACUACCAAGCGAUUCACGCGGCCAUUGUGAAAGGUCCCGGACUGGAUCGAACCCGUGCGCUGCAGCAAAAGCACAGUCAGGCCGCUAUGGUCGUGCUCAACGACUUGCCUUCGUCGGAUGCGCGCACGGCCCUUCAGAACAUCAUCAUCGCUAUGCAGGACAUCUAGCGAACCCUGCUUUGGGAGUGGGGAACAGGGACCCGGGGCAGGCCGAUACUGGGUAAACGCACGAACAAAUCAGCGCUCUGAGUUCUUUUCAAUCUCGGCACAAGACAAGUGCCCCGGAAAAGAAUCGAUCAACGAGCGGAACGACUGGAACCAGAGCGUCGAAAGGAAAGUAGAGAAACGUACCAUUCCGUCCAGAGUGUGAAAGGGAAGCGUGUUAGGGUAGCAUCGAAGUAAGCGACGUGCCAACACGUAGUGAGCCGCACUCACAGUGCUCACCGUGAGCUAGUGAGGUGAUGGAUGAGACGAGGAUCGCGAGAACCGUCUCGUGCUCGCGACUAGGCGAUGAACCGAACAGUGUUUGUAUAUUGUAGGGCAUUAGGUAGAAAAUGUUUAGAAAAUAUUGUUAGACCACUUGCAACUGUUAGUACCAUGCACGCACACAAUCGCGCGUAAAAGACAGCCCGCUGUAGAGGAGAGAACUAUUAGCACGAUCGCGAAGGAAGCCUUCGAUACUGGCUCGUUCUGUUUGUUAUUUUCCCUCCCACAUUUUCGAUGCAUGGACAACUGCGUUCUGCGCGCACUUCCGGAGGGCAUCGCAUUAAUCGCUAGGUGGCUGUUUUGUCUUUAUGGUUAUUCUUUUCCCCCAAUGGUUUCAAUGUAAUGUUGUAUUUCACCCAAGUUUUGCGUUUUGGACACAUAUUUACAGCUCUGUUAUCGUAUACAUAAC